UCAUUGCCUUUUCUUCAUAAAUGGGAGACAAUAUUCACUAAAUUAUCCUAGCUAAAGCUAAUUACAUAUAUACACAAAUACAAAGAGUAAAGAGGAAUAUUUGAUAAGAGAUAAUAUUAUUAUUAUGGCUAUAGCACAAGAUAUUUUGCCAUGCAUAGCCAUGGUGAUAAUAGAAAUGUGUACAAUUUUCUUGACUAUAAUGGCAAGUACAUCCAUGUCAAGAUUAGGGAUGAGUUCUUAUGUUUUUGUGGUUUAUACAAAUGCUCUUAGCUCAAUUAUUCUUCUUCCUUGUUCAUAUUUCUAUCAUAGAAGAGACAAGAUACAAGCUUCAUUGUUUACUUUCCCAAUACUUAUCCGUGUAUUUAUCCUUGGUUUAGUAGGGGUUACAAUAGCUCAGAACCUUGCAUUUGCUGGACUAAGUUACAGUUCACCAAUUGUAGCCUGUGGCAUGGCCAACAUGGUCCCAGCUUUAACUUUUAUUCUUGCUAUAUUUCUCAGGAAAAUAAGAAUUGAUGUGAAGAGCCAAGGAAGCCAAGCAAGAAUGAUUGGAACUCUAAUAUCAAUAAUUGGUGGCUUGUUAAUGACUUACUACAAAGGUGGAGUGGUGAAGCAAUAUUCCCCAACUUUUCUUCACCUAGCCAACCCACACCUCCUUGUUUUCACUUCAACACAUGAGAAUUGGGUUCUUGGUUGCUUCUUAUUUGCUUCAGCUUCAUUAGCUCUUUGUAUAUGGAAUAUUAUUCAGGUUGGAACUAUUAGAAAGUACCCACAUGUGAUGAAAUUAGUGUUUCUAUAUACUUUAUUUGGGACGAUACAAUCAGCAAUAUUUGCUUUGGUGAUGGAAAAAGAUCUUAAUGCUUGGAAAGUCGAGCUUAACAUGGAGCUUCUUGUCAUUGUUUUAACAGCAAUUUUUGGCAGUUUAAUUCGUAGCAGUUUUCAAAUGUGGUGCAUGCGUUUGAAAGGAUCUUCUUUUCCUCUAUUUUUCAAGCCAGUGGGAAUUCCAACAGCUAGUGCUUGUGGCUGUUUACUUUUUGCUGAUACUUUUCACUAUGGAAGUAUGUUGAGUGCAAUUAUAUGUGGAAUGGGUUAUUUCACUACAUUAUGGGGACAACUCAAAGAUGAUGAAACAAGUAAAAACAUUAAGGGUAGCAUAUUACCAACUACUUCUGAUGAGAAAGUUCCACUUUUGGAAGAAAGAGAAGAAGACGAAGACGAAGAAGUCGAAGGAGGUUCAAAAGUCUAA